GUGUGGGGGGUGUGGCAGGAGGAGGGGUGGGAGCUGCUCCCUCCCUGGGUCUCCUCCGCACUCUCCCGGCCCCGCAGCUGCACCAUGGCCAUCGGCGAGGAGCUGCAGGGUGGGUGCCUCUGGCAGGGGGCACUGGCAGAGGCAUUGGCGACGCUCAUCUUGGUGGGGGUGGUGCUGGGCACCUCCGCAGCCCCUGAGCCCCUGGCACCAGCCCUGGCCGGGGGGCUGGUAGCUGGGGCAUUGGCUGCCAGCCUUGGGGUACCCCAGGCCAACCCAGCACUUACCCUGGCCCUGCUCUGCACCCGUAAGCUGGGCACCCUGCCUGGUGCCACCAGAGUCCUGGCCCAGUGUGCCGGAGCUGCGCUGGCAUCUGCUGCCGCCCGCCUGGCACUGCCAGCCCCUGCCAGCCUCCUCACCAGGGUGAGUGCCACGGGCACGGCAGGGCAGGCUCUGGUCUGGGAGACCUUUGCCACCUUCCAGCUGGCACUCGUUGCCUUUGCCACCAGCGACUGGGCACCCCCCCAGGCUGGGCUGGCCCUGGGCAGUGCGGUGGCUGUCGGUGCCCUGACCGCGGGGCCGGUCUCGGGGGGCAGCAUGAACCCUGCGAGCUCGCUGGGGGCAGCGAUCGCCACCGGCGUCUGGGAUGCCCACUGGGUGUACUGGCUGGGGCCGGCGCUGGGCGCGGUCCUGGCAGGACUCCUCUGGGAGCUGCUGCUCGGCGCCGGCGGCCCCCGGGGGGGGCUGAGUGCCUGCCGCUGCUGCCGGCCCCCGGCGCCGGUGCAGAGCACCCCCCGGAGCCCCUCCGAGCCCUCCAGCAGAGCCCCCCCGAGCCCCCCAGCCCAGCAGGGCCGGGACAUGGCUUGAACCUCCCAAUGCCACCUGCUCCAUCCAUGGGCACAGGGACCCCAGCACAGCCCCCAGCAGCCAGGGCACGGUGCCCACCUGGGAGUGCCCACCUGGGAGUGCCCACCUGGGAGUGCCCACCUGGGAGUGCCCACCGGGGAGUGCCCACCUGGGAGUGCCCACCUGGGAGGCUUGGGGGGGGAGCACAUCCCCAGCACAGCCCCCAGCAGCCAGGGCAUGGUGCCCACCUGGGAGUGCCCACCUGGGAGUGCCCACCUGGGAGUGCCCACC